CCUGGCGGAGGGGCGCGAUACAAGGCGCGCGCGCCUUGAGGAGGACCCGCAUCGCAUCCCGGAGAUGGGCAUCCAGGAGUACGGCCAGAAGAAGAUUAAUUUUGUCGCUCUGCACCCGGACGUCCUGCUCACAGAGUUCCGCGAGCCCCACAAGCGAUUCAUCGAGAGGUUGGACCGCGACUUCACUAUCCACGAAGUGGUCCCUCCCUAUGAGCUCGGGGAGGUGCGCGUGAAGUCCGAGUACAUUGCGCAGAGGGGCGGUUUGGCUUCUUCGGCGGAGCAGCUGCUCAAGGCGGCCCGCGAGGACAUCCCAGCGACGGUGGUUUUGGAGGACGACGCCAUCAACAGGAUCCACGCGUUCUACAUCGCUUUGGAGUACCAGGGCCACGUGAAGUUCGCUUCAUUUGCAGGCAAGCCAGAGACCAACGACAUCACAGGCGGGACGCUGACGUUUUUGAAAGAGCUGGAGGUGCGGCGGCGCGAGACGCCGGGACUGCAGUACAUUCUGUUGGUCGACCGGCACUUCCGCAAGAAGGUCCACGAGCUGCUGGUGGAGAGCAGGACGACGUUCCCGUCGCACUCCGCUGCCAUAUGGGAGGUCUUCCACAACCACCGGUACAUUUGGAGCGAGUGCCGCACCGAGGCCAAAGAGGCUUCGACGUCCGCCGGAGGCCCCGGGGCGACCCAGCAGCGCAACCAUAAGCGCGAGAGGGAGGCGGGCGAGGCGACGCCCGGAGGCGCCGCGGGGCCGGCGGACGGGCCUUCGAAGAGCAGCCUCAAACGACAACGACAGCGGCAGCAGCAGCAGCAGAAGGCCGAGCGGGCGGCAGCAGCAGGAGCAGCAGGCGGCGGCCAGACCCGUCAGCCAGCCGCUGGUGGCACCAGGAGGGUGCCAGAGAACGAGUGGCGUGCGCUGCAACGCUGUGGCCCAGCAAAGGCGCCGAAGACGUGCAAGUUCUGGAACCUGUCCGGCGGCUGCAAAGACGGCGGCGCGUGCAAGUUCAAGCACGUGUGUUGGCUGUGCGGCGCUGGCCACAAGUGGUGUGACACUCACUACACUGGCUGAAGCGAGGCCCGACCAGAACGCGGCGUAACGCAUGCAGCGGGCAGCGCUGGUGAAGCGAUAGGCCUGGCCAGUUCCAGGCCUGUUGCUGAUUGCAGCUCCCUGCCGCAUGACUCGUGCAUGCCGUGGCGCACGUGGUCCGAGGUGCCGCCGACGCCGCCAGAAGAUGCCCCGGAUUUCUUUUUGGAGGUCUUCGGCGGCCAGGCGAAUGCGACUCAUGAACUAAUGCAUCGUAGGGUGCCGUGUCUCCCUCCCGUCGACCUCGAGGCCACGCUGGGCCACGAAUCGACCGACGUCUCCGACGUCACAGUUUUGGAUAAGAUCCGACAAUGGACCCGAGCCAAGAAGUUGCACUUGGUCUACCCGCAGAGCCUGUCGCGGAAGAUCGCAGAGUUCAUUUGGCGGGACUUUGCCGGAGUGCGUGGACGUGUGAAUUUGAAGCACGUUGAUGCCAUGACCGCGGACCACGUGUACGUGGGCAGGGACUGCCAGUCUGCUCGAGCACGCGGUCUACGGGGGUCCAUCUGGGCGAACCCGUUCAAGGUGGGACACAGCUCUUCCAGGGAGGCGUGCGUCGAAAAGUACAGGCGCUUCUUGCUCCAACAACCGGGCCUGCUUCGGCAAUUGCCCACUCUACGGGGCAAGAUUCUGGUCUGCCACUGCGACGCGGACGUCCCGUGCCACGCAGACGUGCUGCUGGAAUUGCUGGAGCAGGGCAACCACAGCGACGGUCAAAUCGUCCAGUUCCAGGCUUUCUUCGGCCUCAAGACGGCCAGCCGGAAACGCAAAGUGGGCGAACCAGUUCGCUGGCCAGACAGCAAAAGGCGGAAGUCCGGGCACGUUGCGGUCGGCGCGUGGUACCAGCAGCGCCUCGGCUUGGUACCUCCGAUCUUCCCGGUGGACUUGGAGCCGGGCGAGGCGAUCCUCAGGGCUCUGGCAGUGCAGCACCCUUUUGACGUGGACGUCUCGUUGACGGACGCCGAGCAGCAGUGCGUCAAGAGACUGGUGAGCGGCACCGCCGGCAAGUUCCAGGCGACAGCGCACGAGUUCUGGAAGCAACGUGCCACGGAGCUGAAGGAGCGCAGCCUGGACGAGAUCUACAACAUUCCGGACCCGUUCAUCAGGAAUUUGUUCUUGAAGAACACGCGGGCUCGACGAAGAGACGUGCAGCUUGGCGACUUCGUGCACCUUGCACUUUACCGAGAGCUUGCUGCCGCGGCAAACGUUUCGGACAGCAGCUACAUCGACGAGUUCGCGCACGGCCUGCCCGUCAUUGGCACUGUACGCCCAUCAGGCAGGUGGCCGCCGCUUGACGAGGUCGUCGCACCUGCGAUUUCCGAGGCGGAGCUACGGGAAAGGGCCUGGGAAUUGCAGGAUAAGAUCGCAAGGAGGGUGUCGAGGCAGAAGAACCCCGAGUUGCGCAAGGCGCUAUGGGACGAUGCGUUGGCUGACCGUGAACGAGGCCAGUGCAUCGGGCCGUUCUUGACGAAGAAAGAGGUCUCGGAGGUUGUCGGGACCAGCGCCUGGGUACCCACGGAGCGUUUCGGGCUCUGGCAGAAGGGCAAGACGAGGGGCAUCGACAACGCGGCAGGAGGCGCGGGGUCGCAGCUCAACCUGGCGACUGCCGCGACUGAGAAGCUCCGCUUGCCGUCCACCGACGCCAACGUCGGCCUCCUCAAAAUCUUGCACGAGAAGUUGGGCCACCGACAGGUUGGCGGCUGGGUGUUGGACGAAUCGGCCGCGUAUAGACAGGUGCCAGUGGCGCCGCGCCAUAGAAGGUUCGCCGUGAUUGCGAUGGCCGAGCCCGACACUGGCGAGGUGGCGUACUUCGUGAUGAUCGGACAUUCGUCUGGCUUGGUCUCCGCCGUCUACAACUAUAACCGGAGGGCGGCUAUCAUCACAGACGUCUUGAUCGUUGUGUUCGGCAUGCUGGCGCGGAAUUAUUACGACGACAAGUUUGGCUUCACGCACAAGCACCUCGCGGCGCAGGAGUCCGACAUUGUGGCAGACGUUCACCGCUGGUUGGGCGUGGAGUACUCCAAGCGCAAGCUGCAGCGAGGGCAGAACAUCGUCAUCCUCGGCAUUCGCUACGACCUGCAGGAGCAGACGCUCGAGGUCACCGAGCAGAGGCGGCGCGAGCUGCAAGCUGCCGUGGGCGAGGCGGUCGCGACAGACUGCCUGACGCCGGCAUUCGCCGGGAAACUUAAGGGAAGGCUGGAACACGUGGCGUCGCACUUGUGGGGGAGGUUCGGUCGUUCCUUCCUGCGGGCGCUGGCGGAACGCCAGUGGCAACGGGGAGGGGAUCACAGCCUGAAUCGCGCCCUCCGGAGGUCGCUGCAAUUCUGGCUCUGGCUGUUGGAGACGAGAGGAGUCCCACGCAGCUUGGUGAAGCAGGGCAGGCUCCAGAGCGACGUUGUCAUUUUCACCGACGGCUUCUUCCCGGACCCGAGGGACGACGCGUGCGACCAGCAACCACGCGUGGGGUGGCUGGUGCUGAACACGUCGUCGGGCGCGGCGAGCGUCGGGAAAUGGGAGGUGCCCCAAAGCCUCAUGAGGAGGUGGCUGCCGCGCAAGACGCAGAUCGUGAUGGUCGAAGCCUUCGCGGCCGUGCUUGUCGUGGACCAAUACAGGCACGAGCUGGCAGGCAAGAGGGCACUCCUGUUUAUCGACUCAGACGCCGUACUCGCCUCCUUGAUUAAGGGUUACUCAGCCAAGGAAGACCUAUGCGAGCUGGUGGGUUUCUUCUGGAGGAGGUGCGCGGCGAGCAGAAUCGCGGUGUACUAGGACAGGGUACCCACCGACGCAAAUCCAGCCGACGGGCCCUCCACAGGCAGCUGCGAGGAGCUGUGUGCUUGCGGGGCCGCGGCCGUGGCAGCAACUCCGUCUCGAGACCUUUGGGAUGCAGCGCCGGAUCCGCAGUGAACUCUGCGGCACAGGGCCUGGGUAAAUAUAUUGCGCAG